AUGUUGUCGACAAUCAGGCCUGCGGCCUCAAUGGCUCUGCGAGCCAAACCCACGACAGCUCUGCUGCCAUUCCGCGCCGGAAGCGUUGCCUUCCUCUCCUCGAGCUCCUCCAACAACGCGACGGCAAUGAAGAGCCCCGCCACCAUUGUGGGGAACCCCGGAACACCGCCCCCCAUGAAGCAGGCGCGCCGCGAAGUGCCAUUGCCCAGCCAGGAGGGCAAGAAGGGAGCCAUGCAAUAUGCGCUCACAACCCUCGACCAAGUCGCCAACUGGGCGCGUCAGAGCUCCCUCUGGCCCAUGACCUUUGGUCUCGCCUGCUGCGCCGUCGAAAUGAUGCACCUGUCCACCCCACGAUACGACCAGGAUCGCCUCGGUAUCAUUUUCCGUGCCUCGCCCCGCCAGUCCGACGUCAUGAUUGUUGCCGGAACCCUCACAAACAAGAUGGCCCCCGCUCUGCGACAGGUCUACGACCAGAUGCCCGACCCGCGAUGGGUCAUCUCCAUGGGCAGCUGCGCCAACGGAGGAGGAUACUACCACUACAGCUACUCGGUCACAAGAGGAUGCGACAGGAUUGUGCCAGUCGACAUUUACGUGCCCGGAUGCCCUCCCACCGCUGAGGCGCUGAUGUACGGCAUCUUCCAGCUGCAGAAGAAGAUGAGGCAUACCAAGAUCACAAGGAUGUGGUACAGGAAGUAG